AUGGUCGCCGACACCAAACUCUAUGACCGCCUCGGCGUGUCAGCGACCGCUUCACAAGAAGAGAUCAAAAAGGCCUACCGCAAAAACGCCCUCAAGAACCACCCAGACAAAAACCCGGCCGGCGCCGAUAAGUUUAAGGAAGUCUCGGAGGCGUACGAGAUUCUGAGUGAUCCGGAAAAGAGACGGAACUAUGACAACUACGGCUACGAUUUCAUCACGGGCAAGGCGGGGCCGCCGCCGCAGGAGGGCGAGAAUCCUUUCGCUGGGGCUGGGGGCAUGCCUGGCGGGAUGGGCGGGAUGCCGGGUGGGUUUGGAGGCAUGGGUGGAGGUGGGGGUGGGACGAGGACGUUCCAUUUCAGUACGGGGGGUGGAGGACGGGGAGGGUUUGGCGGGUUCAGUGAUCCGAAGGAUAUCUUUGCGGAGUUUAUGAGGGGUGGUGGGGCGGGUAUGGGUGGUGGAGGGGCGGAUGAUGAGGAUAUCUUUGGAGGGUUUUCGAAUUUUGGUGGAGGUGGGUUUGGUGGAGCAGGGGGGAGGCCCAGUGGAGGGAGGAGUGCGAGUGGGUUUGGAGGUAGGAGGAGGGAGCCGGAGGUCGAGACGACGGUGGUGGAGAAGCCGUUGCAGGUGUCGUUGGAGGAUACGUUCAACGGCACAACGAAGAAGCUCAAGGUCCAGCGCAAGACGUACGAUUCACAAUCGGGGAAGCAGAGCGUCGAGGAUAAGAUCCUGUCGGUCCCGAUCAAGAAGGGAUUGAAGGCGGGCAGCAAGAUCAAGUAUCCAGACAUGGGCGAUCAGGUCGAGGGUGGUGUGCAGGACUUGCACUUCAUCGUGAAAGAGAAGCCACACCCGCUGUUCACCAGGGAUGGAGACGACAUCAAGCAUACCGUGGAGAUCGACCUGAAGGAAGCCCUGACAGGCUGGAAACGCACCGUGCAGACCAUCGACGGCAAACAAUUAUCCGUGUCGAGCGCAGGUCCCACGCAACCCGAAUGGACCGAGCGGUUCCCUGGACUGGGCAUGCCCAAGAGCAAGACGCCCAGCAGCAGGGGUGACUUUAUCGUGGGGGUGAAGAUCAAGUUCCCGACGAGCUUGACGGCCGACCAGAAGCAGAAACUGAAGGAGAUUCUGUGA